ACAUAAAGUUCAGACCUUUAAUAUUUAUUUCGAUAUUUCUUUAACCUGCACUUGAAAAUAAUAUUUGUAUAGUGGUAUUUGGGACCACCUCUUGGUAUAUAUAGUCUUAGUGAUGUUUUAAAUGAGGAUGUAACACGUGUACUAAAUAUAUUUGCACUGGAAUUUGGUCUUUUCAGUUGAUAAAUUUGUUUAACCUGCAUUUUGAUAAUAAUUAUAUUCUUGAUAUUUUAUAAAUAUUGUCAUAAUUCAGAUUAAAUGCAAACGUCUGGAUAUAAACAACAAAUUUACAUUCAAAUAAAUUUAUUAGACAGCCAUCACAUCCUUGCUUAGAGCAUUAUUAUGCCAAGACGAUAUAUACCAAGAAGUGGUCCCAAAUUUCUACCAGACAAAAAUAUUUUCAAAUAGCCCUAUCUCCUAAAACAAAAGAUCGAAAAAAAUAUUGUUGAAAAUCAGUUUUCAAGCUUUAAUUUUACCUUUAUUUUUAUGUUUUCUUCUCCUUUAAAGAGUUACGAAAUGAAGAACCUUUCUGGCCAUGAAAAGUGUAGCCUACUUUAGGGGCCACAUCUUGGUGUGAAGAGUUUUCUCAGUGAGUUCUGCGAGUUCAGCGAGCGCAAACCAUAACACCGCUUAUAUUUACCAGCACAUCACGCGAGAGUACAAAAUAAAAUGACUUGAUUGUAUACAUUCUAUACCUCUUUUAUAGGCCUAUGUCCAGUUCUUUCCGUCAAUAUGUUGACUAGAAUAACACAAAAGACAGCCAGUUCUUGCACGGGAAACCUUAAAAUGUGAAGGUCUUUGAUAGGCAAACAUAAACGAGACGUACAAAUCUGCGCGCACUUUAUGUCGGCCAUUUAAUAUAUUUUUGAAUCAUUUCCUGUUUUUGAAUAGUGUUAACCAGAGGAAAACAUCUUUUGCAAGUCCCUCUUGCAUGAACCCGGACGUUGGUCGAGUUGAACAAAAGGUUUUCCUCCCGGUUAAGACAGCUACCCAUGGUUUGUGAGGAUCGCUGCUCUGUUGACAGUACAGUAAUCACAUAUGCGGCUGUGGUGGGAAGCUAGGCUACGGGUAUAACGUGACAGCUAUAUUUAUCUAGCCUAAAUCAGCAGUCAACUAAACUCCAUCAUGUUGAAGAGACUGGAGAUUUGAACCGUGUAUAUCUUUCAACCAGCGGAUACCUAGCAUGGACACUUCUGGAAGCAGGUCUUGCACAACUGUCACAAUGUGGGUGUGGAGUAAUUCUUCAAAGCAGGAGCAUGGUUGUGCCCCGGGGGAAAUCGCUGGGGUGUAGUAGUUUCAGUUCAGCCCUGGGGGAAAUCGCUGAGGUGUAGUACUUUCAGUUCAGCCCUGGGGGAAAUCGCUGAGGUGUAGUAGUUUAAGUAGGGUGCAAUAAAAUUGUGAUCAGGAUCACACUAAUCUUCUUUUCCAAACCGAAAACGACGCCAUGUUUCGACUGAACGAGACGUUGUUGGCCUUAAUGGCUGCCAACAGAAGCAGACGACAGGAGCUGAAUGACGCUAAAGCUCAGCAGCUUGUACCCGUCCUCGUGUACAUUGGCACUCUUAUGGUGGUCGGGGCUAUUGGAAACGGAUUGGUGUGCUACGUAUACUAUUUCCGGUUCAAAAAGACCACGUCGAGCUACUUCAUCCUGUGGUUGGCCAUCUUGGACCUGAUCACUUGUCUGGUCGGCAUGCCGUUUGAACUGGUAGAUCUUCUCAAACCGUACACAUUUGACAUCCCCAUAGCCUGCAAAAUAAUGAGAUUCACUGAAUCUGUGACAAUUAUAGCAUCCGGCAUAACACUAAUUGGAGUGGCAUUCGAUCGUUAUUAUAAGGUAUGUAAACCACUCAGGCGGUUUCCCAAUAGAACCGCCAAACUUUUAAACUUAGGUUCAUUCACUAUAGCUGUGACGUUUUCCUGGCCAGCUUUACUUGUGUUUGGGCCAAAAGUUGUUCCAACGAAAGAUCCAUAUGUGGAAGGCUUGGAAUGCUCGGUAGACGAAGGUGUGAAGGGAGGGAAUCUGGUGAUCCUGUAUUACGUGUUUUUAGCUAUAGUAUUCAUCGUCAGUGUGACAUUUUUGAGUAUUCUCUAUGGACUACUUGCAAGGACAGUUUUGCAGCGUAGAAAGAUAACCAUUGGUGAAGUUCUGGAGGAUGUCAACAGAAAGAACUCUUCAAGCCUGCGCUCUGAUAGCGACAAGGAUAAUGACUCCGUGUUUGCAGGCCCUGUCAAAAAGUUCCCCAGACGAAAAAGACUGUUUUCACGUGAGGAAAGCGACGAGAGCAGACGAAGCAGCAGUUUAGGGGGUCGAAUCAGGGCCGGUAAAACCACCAGGAUUUUAUUCAUUGUCUCCUCAGUGUUUGUGAUCAGUUUUUUGCCUUACGUCAUAGUGAAGAUUAUCCAAGUAUUGGUGAAGGAUUUUGACGACUAUCCGUCUGUGGCUGCAGAAGUUGUGUACAAUCUCUUCGUUAGGUUCACCAAUAUUAACAAUGCUGUCAAUCCCAUCAUUUAUAGUUUCAUGCACAAAAACUUUCGAAAGGAAUGUAUUAUAGCGUUUCGGAAAAUGUUGCACUGUGAAGAUAAAAAUACGUCCCUCCGGCGUGGGUUUUCUAGAAAAUCCCCAAGCAUAUGAAUCACUUCUAUAAAUAAAAAAUACUGACAAGGAAAAUUGCCAAUCUUGAUAUAGCCUGCCUUGCAGUAGUUGGCUACGUGCACUUCUGACUGUCACAUAUUUUUACGUUUUGCUGCAAUUGUCGGAUCUAUCGUUCUACCCUGCACCCCAGACAUUUGUUUCCACCAUCCAAUCAGUCAACAGAAAAGUGAAUGAGAGUGAGAAAAUGAACCAAUUACAGGAAAAUCACAGCGCAGAGUGAACUAUCAGAUGGAGCAAAAUGUUGUGUAAUCCAAUACUCUAAUGGUUCUAAUAUUUAGUUCUAAUAGAUCAUGUAUGUUUCACAUUAUUUGUUUAGUUUGUUUUCAGUAUUUCGAAGAAUAGUUUACCAUUUUAGGCGGAGGUAUAGCUGUUCUUUUGACAUCUGAAAAAAAGUAUUUUGGUAACAUCAUAAUUAUAGACGUACAGCAUUGAGAGAGAUACUAGAGCAAUGGCGACAUUGUGAUAGUUGGCAAAUGGUCACACGUAGGCGAUAAAAUACGUUUUAUUCUAACUGUUCAUGUAAAUACUUAAAUAGUAGCAAAUUACACGCCCCUUGCACCAUGUCUUAAGCAGAAUUAGAUAUGUAGAAUGUUAAAAACAUAUGCAGUGAUAUUAAUUACAAUUUACCGUACGUCUCUGAUCGAGAAUUACUAAACAAGCUGUGUAUUCGUCACAUUUAAUAUACAAUAACAUUAAAACAAUGCAUGAGGACCGGGCCACGGGGAUGCUUAGUCCACCAGCAGAAUCCUGGUUUAUGCAGGAAUACAAUAUAAUUAUAGACGUACAGCAUAGAAACUAAGACCAGAGCAGCAACAACAGUGUGUUAAGUGGCAAAUGGUCACACGUAAGCGGUGAAAUACGUCUUCAUUUUACCUCAGUUAGGGUUUUAUUCUGACAGUUCAUGCAAAUACUUAAAUAAUAGCAAAUUAAAAAAAAUAUUCAGUGUUGUUAAUUACAAUUUAUUAGACGUCAAUGAAGAACGAGAAGUGGCUCAGUGGUAAAAUUGACAGACUCAAAAUCCUGGCUCAGCGUGAGAGUGACUCCCAAUCGCUGGCUCAGUGGUAAAGUUACAGACUUCCAAUCGCUGACUUAUUAGAAAAGUGACAGGCUCCCGAUCGAUGACUUAUUGGUAAAGUGACAGACUCCCAAUCGCUGACUCAUUGGAGAAGUGACGGACUCCCAAUCGCAGACUCAGUGCUAAAGUGACAAAUUCCCAAUCGUGGGUGCACGAGAUGUGGGUUAAAUCUCCGUAUUAGGUGGGGAAUUAUUAAAUCCCACUUCUGUCCAUUGUUCCUUUCUGACAAUAAGCGGUCGCCAACAUGGCGUGCAAGUCUGUAGGUCACAUAUGGUGAAGUUCGUCAGCAAUUCUCCAGAGGUUGUUGGUUUAUCUCGAUGUUCUGUGCCCUCCAGAUGUAAAUCUGCUCGCCAUCUUUUUGUUAAAAGUGGUAUUAAAUACUGCCCUUUAACUCUGAAGCUUUUACAUUGCAUAUGUUUUUCUGCUAUCUUAUUUAAAUGUUUGUUGAGUUUACCCUUUUUAGAUUAGUAUUGAGAAUUGCUUUUCCUGUUCAAGCGCACAUGCAUUCUCCUGACGGUAUAUAAUAGAAUGAAUUAGUAUAUAUGUAUCCUUGUUGAAUAGAAGGCAGUCUUUGUUCAGUCGUUCAAUGUUGAAAGAACGUCUGGCUUGUACAUUGUAUAAUUGUUACGUGCAAAAAAUGCAAGAUUAAAUAUUUUUUGACCU